ACUUUCGUUAAUGCUUGGUUCUCUUCACAAACGAGGAUUUUGCCAAGCAGUUUCUUGGCCCUCUUUUUCUGAUGCAACGCGGCAUCGGAGCAGCGGCACGAAGAAGUUUCUUGGAGACCUUUGGUACGGUAUUUCUGCAACUCUCGCAAUUUUUUCUAUAAGUCUUGCAUACAUAGAGUAUAACUUCUUCCAUGGCCACCUUCCACGGAGCCUCUUCCUCUUCCCUUUCGUCUUCUAUUAAUCAGUGUGCUUACCAUGCAUUUUUGAGUUUUAGAGGCCAAGAUACUCGCAGAGCUUUUACUGCCCAUCUAUAUGCAGCUUUGCGUCGAAAUGAUAUCAACACCUUCAUGGAUGACAAGCUUAGAAGCGGUGAAGAAAUUUCACCAGCACUUCACAAAGCCAUUGAAGAGUCGGCGAUUUCAAUCAUUGUACUCUCUAAAAACUAUGCAUCCUCCCGAUGGUGCUUGGACGAGCUGAUGAAGAUCCUCGAGUGUAGAAAAACAAGGGGGCAACACGUUCUACCCUUGUUUUAUCACGUACAUCCGUCGGAAGUACGGAAUCAAACAAAUAGUAUUGGAGAAGCAUUCGCUAAACUUGAAGAAAGGUUUAAGCAUGAUCAAAUGAAGUUGCAAAAGUGGAAGACAGCCCUAUCACAAGUGGCCAAUUUGUCCGGGAGGCUUUUGGGGAACAAGUAUUUCUAACAACUCUUUUUAUCUUAUAAGAAAGAAUUCUAAAUUCAUUAAAAAUUUCAUUUGCAUUAAGAUCAUGUUUUGAACAUUAGUCAUUCUAAUUUAACACUGUAUUUUUACAAAUUUUGUAUUGAUAGGAAUGAACCUGAAUUUAUUCAUGAAAUUAUUCAAUGGGUGAAUUCAAUAUUGGUAAAAAAUAAAUACUUCCAAGUUGCCCAAUA